AUGGAGCUGGCGCUUCCCGCCCUCGGCGCCGCGGAGGACGCCGGCGGCCCCGGCGCGGCGCGCGGCGCCGUCCUGGACUGCAGCCUCUGCGGGAAGGCGUUCGGCAGCGCCAGCGCGCUCGCCAAGCACCACGCGAGCCACAGCCAGGAGCGCAAGCACGUCUGCGGCGUCUGCGGCAAAGCCUUCAAGCGCCAGGACCACCUGAGCGGGCACAUGCUGACGCACCAGAAGACGAAGCCGUUCGCCUGCUCCGAGAAGGGCUGCGCCAAGAGCUACUGCGACCACCGCUCGCUGCGGCGCCACUGCGAGCUGCAGCACGGCCUCCCGCUCGUGCUUAUCAGAGAGUCGCGGGGAAUAUUGAUUAAUAACGAAGAUGGAUUUAAGGGUGGAAAUAUCUACAGCUUUACUACUGCAGCAAGGGAGGAGAGCUUGGCCGCAGGAUGUAAUAAGACCAGUGGUGUUCCUACAGAUGGAGGCAAAUGUGAAAGUGGUUUUCUUUGCAAGAACUCCAGUCAGCUGUUUUAUACCGGGAAAGGUCUGGAGAGCCACUUGUGUUUUCAUGGUGAACAGUGGUAUUCACCAGAGAGGAAGGAGGAGCCGCAGGAAAAUGGCAAUGCUCCGAAGCCGCUGCAGCCGCGGGAGGCUGGGAGCAGUCGCUCCGCAGCGGAGGCGCGUUGGGAAGCGGCGGCUCCGCUCGUCAUCCCGGUCUCGGUGCCCGUGGCCGCCCCAAACCCGCCGGCGGGCAGCAAAGGGGACCCUGGCUGCGUGCUGAAGGUGGGCGAGCGGGAAAGCCGGGAUGCCCAAGAGCUGGAGGCAAAGGUGCACCCGAAGAAGAGGAAGAGGCCGCCGCGCCCCAAGGCGCUUUUCAUCCCGCCUCCGCCGUCCUGCGAAGCGCAGCCCGCGUCCGGAGGCCGCUUCCAAAGCAACCUGCGCUCCCCGGUGUUCCUGGUCGACCAUCUCCUGCGGGAUUUGUUCCAGAGCUCUCCGUACACGCCGCCUCCCAUGCUCAGCCCCAUUCGGGAAGGAUCCGGCCUUUAUUUCAGCACUCUCUGCUCCUCUACUAACGGAGACCCCAACCAGCUGUUCAGUACUGUAUUAGACAGGAUGGACAGAGACUUUGGAUUUUGCCUGGUGAAGGAUAACACCAAAAUCAGCAUUGAGCCGCACAUCAACAUCGGAAGCCGCUUUCAGGCGGAGAUCCCGAACCUCCGGGAUAGAUCCGACUUGGAAACUGAGGAUCAGGUGGCCUCCUUAGUGUGGAAGCCCUGGGGAGACAUCGCAACGAACCAGGACACCCAGGACAGAGUAACCGAGCUGCUAAACAUGGCCUGCUCCAGCGUAAUGCCCGGCGGAGGAACGAACCUGGAGCUCGCCUUGCAUUGCCUGCACGAAGCGCAGGGCAACGUGCUGAAGGCCCUGGAAAUGCUGCUCUUCGGGGGCCCCCAGAAAUCCGAAUCUCACCCCCUUGCUAAUUACCGUUACGCAGGUUCGGAUGUGUGGACGCCCGUCGAGAGGCAGCUCUUCAAGAAGGCGUUUUGCGUGCACAAGAAGGACUUCUUCCUCAUCCAGAAGAAGAUUCAGACUAAGAAUGUGGCCCAGUGUGUUGAAUAUUACUAUAUCUGGAAAAAAAUAAUAAAAUUUGACUGCGGUCGAGUUCAAGUAAUAGAAAGAAAGGUCAAGAGAGACAAGAAUGAGUUAGAAAAGACUGAAGAAAAGCCUGCCUGCGGCCCCCCGCGCCGGGAACGCGCCGGGAUGAAGCCCGGGAGCUGCGAGACGCUGCCGCCCGGCGCGUGGAGCCCGGCGGGCGCCCGCUGCGCCUUCCCCUGCAGGGAGUGCGAGAGGGUCUUCGACAAGAUCAAGAGCCGCAACGCGCACAUGAAGCGCCACCGCCUGCAGGAGCAGCUGGAGCCUCCCAAGUGGCCCCCGAAC